GUUCACUGCCUUCUCGGUGUCCUUGAUCCUCCAUAAGAUCUUGCAACCACCUAAGCUUGGUGGUCUGUGUAGGUUGACGGUUCAGAACACCAUUUGACACUUCAUUUGUCCUCCUUUCCUCGCGGAAAGCUCUUCUACGCAGAGCUGGUCUCUUAGAAGAUAUCCCCUCGUUUCGGCCUACGGGUAACUGUUGUUGAGUCCUUGCUCACUGUCCCUCCACGUUCCCUGCUUUCCAUCUUUUUGUGCACUUUCUCGUUGCACAAUGCUAUCUUUCAUUCUGUAUACGUCCCUGGUUGGACUCGUCUCGGCUGCCGAGCUAGAAAAGCGUCAUGGCGACGGCGCGUCAAUCUAUGAGAUGCUCAACGACGACCUGGCCCGCCUGAGCUUGCUGGUGCUGGGGCUGAUGGCGGCGGUUGUCUAUGUGUGGAAGAUGUGGCAUCGGUUUUCGAGUCAUCUGCGACGGCUGGCCAGUUUCAACAAUGAACGACAACUAUACUUCGUGACGCCCGACUCGAUGCUAUCGAAGCUCAAGACUCAUAUCACCUAUGCGCCCUUGUUCCGAGCCCGACACAAUCGCGAGUUCCAACUGUCUCGGGCCGUCAAUAUGGGCACCUUGCCGAGUCGACUCCAUUCGUUUCUGCUGGUGGGAAUUGUCGCCAUGAACGUCGUCCUGUGUGUGGUCACCGUGCCGUACGGUACCACAGAGAGCACUGUCGCGGGAAUCAUCCGCAACCGCACCGGAACGAUGGCCACGGUGAACAUGAUCCCAUUGAUCCUCAUGGCGGGUCGAAACAAUCCCUUGGUCACUCUGUUGCAGAUCCCCUUCGACACCUUCAAUCUGCUUCACCGCUGGCUCGGCCGUAUCGUGGUGCUAGAGUGCAUCGCUCAUAUUCUGGCUUGGAUGAUCCCCAAGGCUCAGACAUCUGGUUGGGCCAUGAUCGGAACUGUUUUGGGAGAGAGCAACUUCCUUCUUGUGGGCUUGAUUUCGGGAUGUGCCUUCACAGCUCUUUUGUUGCACUCGCCUUCGCCGAUUCGUCAUGCCUUCUACGAGACAUUCCUCCACCUUCACAUUGUGCUCGCCGUGCUCGCGAUUGCCUUCCUCUGGGUCCAUCUCAACGGCAUGGUCUCUCAGUACUAUCUCCUGGUGGGAAUAAUCUUUUGGGCUCUCGAGCGUGCUGCUCGGAUUGUCAUCAUUGUGUACCGCAACUGUGGCCGCCAAUCAACCACGGCCCAUGUCGAAACCAUGCCCGGCGAUGCGAUGCGGAUCACCAUCAAGAUGGCGCGGCCCUGGACCUUCCAGCCGGGCCAGCACAUCUACCUCUACGUCCCCGCUGUCGGAUGGUGGACCUGCCAUCCAUUCUCGGUCGGAUGGAGUGAAGAAGCCGAGUCUCUGUCCGACGAGAAGGGCAUCCCGAUGACUCGACAAGAUAUGAUGGGCCUGCAGAAGACCACCAUCUCCUUGCUGGUACGUCGGCGAACGGGUUUCACCGACAAGCUAUUCCAACGGGCGCAGAAUGCGCCCGGCGGGCGGGUGUCGCUGCGGGCUUUUGCGGAGGGCCCGUAUGGCAGCAUCCAUUCGAUGGAUUCGUACGGCACUGUCCUGCUCUUCGCUGGCGGUGUUGGCAUCACCCACCAAGUGCCGUUUGUGCGGCAUCUCGUACAGGGCUUUGCCAAUGGUACCGUGGCGGCGCGUCGCGUCACGCUCGUGUGGAUCAUUCAGUCGCCCGAACACCUCGAAUGGAUCCGUCCCUGGAUGACCAGCAUUCUGUCCAUGGAUCGUCGCCGGGAGGUGCUCCGGAUCAUGUUAUUCAUCACCCGGCCGCGCAACACCAAGGAGAUCCAGAGCCCCAGUGCGACCGUGCAGAUGUUCCCCGGUCGACCUAACAUCGACACGCUCGUCGGCAUGGAGGUCGAGAAUCAGAUCGGCGCGAUGGGCGUGCUCGUCUGCGGCAAUGGCGGUCUGAGCGACGAUGUGCGGCGUGUAUGCCGGAACCGCCAGGAUCGCACGCAGGUUGAUUUUAUUGAGGAGAGUUUCACCUGGUGAGAGAGAUCUAUCUGGAACCCGGCACUUGACAGUUUGGCCCCCAAGGCCAGCUUUCCUUGACUGGUGCUGCUUGUAUCUGAUUUGUCCCCGCCAUUGGUAUGCAUAGAGGUAGUAGGUAC